GUAUUCAACAUCACAAAAGCUAUACAUCACAUUCUACCUCCUACUUUAAACAGUACUAUCUACAAUCUACAAACCAAACAAACGACGAGACGAACAUACCAAAAAUGUCAGGACAAGGAAUCUCCCACCAAGGCAUCACAGCCCCUGGUCUCAGCGAGGCAGACCAGAACAUCAACAACACCGUUGAAGACAUCAGCAAUCAGGCACGCGGCCACAAGGCGAAUCUGAGUAACCCUAACACGAGCGAAGAGUCUAAGAAGAAGAGCGCAGAGGCACUCGAAGCGUUGGGUGGAGAGGAUGCGUUUUAUGGAAAGCAAGGCAAGGGCGAGUAAAGUCGUCAAUUCAAAGCAUGGAAAUAAGAAAAACGAGGCUGGACUGCAUAUGAUACCAUUGAUAUGAGAAUAUGAAACUUCUUUAAAAA